UGAUAACUUGAAUGCAGCACGCGCAAACAUAUGCGAGCUCUGAUUGGUUCAUUAGUUCAUGUUUACAUCACAUGAUACCGAGAAUGGCCGCCUGCAAGCUGAUUCAUGAGAGUUGGGACAGCAUACUGGAGCCACUGUGUUUUCCAGAUCAGCAGGUGGACAACUCCAGCACUUCCAGUCUGCAGCAUCGUGGUGCUGAGGUGCUCCUGUGUCUGUUCUGCUCAGAGUCCGUCACUGUGGUGCAGAAAGAUGGACUACUGAAACACCUGCUGCUGCAGCACAAGCUGGUCAUCGCUGAUGUCAAGCUCAUCGCAGACCUCCCAAAGUACAUGUUGUACUGGAAGGGCCGCUUCUUGGAGCAGCCUGUCACAGACUUCUGCAGCGUGAUCAAGACAAACUCUACAGGCCCAGCUGAAAAACAGGAGGAAUAUUUCUUGCUGUGUGAUGUUCUGCCUGAAGACAGAAUCCUCAGAGAGAAGCUCCAGCAGAAGCGGCUGGAGGAAGUUCUGGAGCAGCAGCAGAAAGAACGAGAUGAUAGCAGCUUCCAUCGUCUCUGCAUGUUCUGUAAUGAGGAGUUCACAGGAAACAGGUCAGUGCUGUUGAACCACAUGGCCAGAGAACACUCCUUCAGCAUCGGGCUGCCUGAUAACAUCGUCUACUGCAAUGAGUUCCUGGACACUCUGCAAGGCAAAAUGGACAAUCUGCAGUGUUUAUACUGCGAGAAAACGUUUCGAGAUAAAACCACGCUGAAGGAUCACAUGAGGAAGAAAUCUCACCGCCGCAUCAAUGCCAACAACCACGAGUACGACCGUUUCUACGUCAUCAAUUACCUGGAGCUUGGGAAGACUUGGGAGGAGGUGCAGAGUGAGGAUGACCGUGAGUUGGUGGACGAUGAGGAUGACGAUUGGUCAGACUGGCAGGCUCAUCCAGUCUCUGCUGUGUGUCUGUUCUGUGAACAUCAGUCAGAGACCAUGGACCAGAUCUACACACACAUGAAGGGAGCUCAUGGUUUUGACCUCCAUAAGCUGAAGAUGGAAUUCAAUCUCAGGUUUUACCAGCAGGUCAAACUGGUGAACUUCAUCCGGCGACAGAUUCACCAGAGCCGCUGUUAUGGCUGUCAGGAAAAAUUCAGCUCCAGCACCGACGUCCUCCAUCACAUAGUCUCUGAAGGCCACGUGAUGAAGCUCCCAGAUGAGUCGACCUGGGACCAACCGCAGUAUUACUUCCCCACAUAUGAGAACGACACCCUCCUGUGUACGCUGUUAGACAGUGACGAGGAAAACGACGACGUGACCCACGGGCAGGAUGUCCCAGUAAUCGCCGAAGACAUUGCCAACCUGAGAGCACUAAAACAGACAAGUGUCCUAAAACAGCUCCUGAAGAACAGAGGCUCCUGCAGCUAAGGUGAUGGCUGGAAGGCAGAUGGACUGGUUUUGGUUUUUUGACACUGGAUGCUUGAUCUUUGCUCUCCAGAAUGUGGUUCCUCUUAUUAGUUGACCCUCUUAUUUUUUUGUCCAACAUAAGUAGGCAUCAUUAACAAAACAACCAUCAGUGCAGAGAUUUUGCUGCAACGUUCAGGAACACCACACCGCCUCUUGUAGAACUUAAAACUUGUUCUGGAGGAAACUGUAGUUCCUCUUUAAUAGAACGGGUUAGCUCGAAGUACACUUCAGGAUUUGUGUGCUUCAGUGAUUCUCCUGGUUCUUGAGACAUUUUCUGGCCUCUCACAGAGAUUUUGUUAGCUGGAUUAUUCAUAAUCUAAUUAACCAGGUUUCACCAAACGUGGUGCGCUGUAACUUUGAAUCAAUGUCAUCACACUUUGAGACAGUCUACCAAAGUGGGCGGAGCCUGGAGGUUUCUGUUCUUGAGAUCAUGCAAUUUGACUGAGCGUAUUUCCAUGAAAUAUGUUAAAAAGCUUCAAACGUUUACUGGAGUAGAAGCAAUAAACUUUUCCAGGUGGCUCAG